GAUACAGAUGAGUUUAUCUUGCCCACAGGAGCCAACAAAACCCGAGGCAGAUUUGAGCUGGCCUUUUUUACCAUUGGAGGAUGUUGUAUGACAGGGGCAGCAUUUGGUGCACUGAAUGGUUUGCGACUUGGCUUGAAGGAGACGCAGAACAUGGCCUGGUCAAAACCUAGAAAUGUACAAAUUCUAAAUAUGGUGACAAGACAAGGAGCAUUAUGGGCUAACACUCUGGGAUCACUGGCUCUACUUUACAGUGCAUUUGGAGUCAUCAUUGAAAAAUCACGAGGUGCAGAAGAUGACCUGAACACCAUAGCUGCUGGAACCUUGACAGGAAUGCUAUACAAAAGCACUGGUGGAGUGCGUGGGAUAGCACGAGGUGGUAUUGCAGGUCUGACACUGACUGGUCUCUACGCUCUGUAUAACAACUGGGAGCACAUGAAGGGCUCCCUAGCCCGGCAGUCCCUCUGAGCAGGGAGCCAGUGCUGGACAGAGGACUUGCUUGCAUAGUCACCAAUCAAAUCAGUUGUGAGAUCUAUCUGGUGCCCCUUCCUAUUUUAUUUACAAUUAGCGUGAAACUGAAGGAAGCUUUGCUGGGAGGAACCUCUUGACACCACGUAGCUGGACUGGCCCUUUCCAUCCCACCAGCCAGUUGCUGGAGAGGUAGCAAUGUUUGUUGGACCUGCAAGUGAACAGAGUGGCCACCAAGACAGAGUCUCCCUGACAUGCCCACCAGCUAGCCUUGGGGCAGAGCUCCGAGGUGUGCUCGAGUCCCAUAGCUGCGCUGCCAGGUUGGUUGGCUAGUGCUGCCUGAUAAAGUCUGUGUCUGUAGAGCAUUCUCUGCAGUCU